AGACAUAUCCAGUGCCUCACUCUAUACAUGACUGGCUGUACUCUAACACAUAUAUCACUGGUUUAUGUGUCUACAGUGUUGUGUUGUGUAAUAAUAUUAUUACAGUAAUACCAGUGUUUUUUGUUGUUGGUGUAUAUGUGAGCUAUCGGUGCCGUCAACUAAAGCAAUGGCCGGAUCCAAGUUUCAGUACGACGAAAGUGGCGGCACUUUCUUCUACUUUUUGCUAUCAUUUCUGGCACUGGUUGUCAUUCCCUGUACUUACUAUUUCUGGCCAAAGUCACCGAAAAAAGAUGACAACAAGAAGGACAGAAAGCAGUGUCAUUGCGAACAAUGCGCUCAUAAGCAGAGUUAUCUGAAUAAUAAGGAACCCUUCCUCAAAAUCAAGAACAGAAUCAUCAAACUACUGUUAAUCUUUGGAUGGUUAGCACUGUUUGUCUGCGCUUACAAAGUGGGACAUCUGACCAAUGACUAUAUCAAUUGGGAUCCGUUUGAGAUUUUACAGAUUGAUCCGGGUUCGUCGACCUCAGAGAUUAAGAAAGCCUAUCGUCGACUGAGUCUUAUCUACCAUCCGGACAAAGAAACCGGUGAUGAGAAGAAAUUUUUGAAGAUAGCCAAAGCAUAUGCGGCGCUUACGGAUGAGGAAGCGCGCAAAAACUGGGAAACAUAUGGCAAUCCCGAUGGUCCCGGAGCUAUGUCUUUUGGUAUAGCACUUCCCUCUUGGAUUGUCGAGAAGGAAAACUCUUUUCUUGUGCUCGGCUUAUAUGCGCUCGUCUUUAUGAUUGCAUUGCCUGUUGCUGUCGGUAUUUGGUGGUACCGUUCCGUCAAAUACGGCGGCGAUCAGGUGCUGUUAGACACGACACAACUUUACUAUUAUUUUAUUCACAAAACACCUCAAAUGAUACUCAAAAGAGUGCUAAUGGUUUUGGCGGCCAGUCUUGAGUUUGAACGCAAUCAUAACAGCGAAGUCAUCGAACGGCCGUCAGAUAAUGAAGAAGUGCCACAAUUGAUGAAAAUGUUGCCCAAUUUGGGCGAGAAAAACAAGGAACGGCCACUUUGUUUCACUUAUAGUAUCAAAGCUCGUGCCCUUCUUCACGCUCAUCUGAGUCGUAUGAAUUUACCACCCAAUUCGCUAGAGAUCGACAAAAUAUAUAUUGUGUCCAAAGGUCCAUAUCUUUUACAAGAGUUUGUUCAGUGUGUGUCACAGUUAACAAUGCUGGCACUGGCCGGUCGUAUUGCAAGAAUACCCAAUUUGGAUACAUUGGAGAACGCUAUGAAAUUGAGUGCUCUGAUAGUUCAGGCUCUCUGGGACUCCAAGAACUCAUUGUUACAGUUGCCAAACAUUGGCGAAGAUAUGUUAAGACAUUUUACAACACGUAAGAGGAAUGUCCGAAGUAUUCGGCAAUUGGCAGCCAUGAAAUCAGAUGAACGAAGAUCGAUGUUAAGGAAUCUUUCAGAUGAACAAUACGAUGAUGUUAUGAAUGUCGUCUCGAAGAUGCCUUUGCUUGAGAUUGAUGUCCGAUCUGAAGUACUUGACGACGAAGACGCUGGAAAUAUAACUGCCGGCGCUAUUGUUACCGUCACUGUGACACUCUGUCGACAGAAUAUGUCUGUUUUAUUUGACAAAGAGUUAAUCGAAGAGAAAAGUUCUAUCGAUAAUGAAGAAGAGUUUGAUGAAAAAGAAAAUCUACUGUUGGGUGACACCGAUGGCAAAGUCGGUAACAACGAGACAAAGAAACCUAAAGCCUGGGAAAAGCAAACAAAAGGGAAGAAAAAGGGAGGAAAAGGAACCAAAAGCAAGAAACCACAGAAGAUUGUGAAGAAGAAACCACAAAAUCAGAGCCAAAAUAAGGAGACCACAGAAGCCAACAAUAGCCAGGCAUUAGCCGCCGUCAAGAACUCACAGAAAACUAAGAAAGAAGACGAAGAGAGUGAUGAGGAUAGAAGUGAUAAAGGAUCGGAUGAAAGUGAUUCAGAAGGUGAAGAAUCCGACAAUAAUAAACAGGUUAAAGCACAGGAGCAGGACGUUAGCGAACCAGAAGAUGAUGACAAUUGGGAUGACUUCCAGAGUAAUGUAUCGAAAAAGAAGGAAGUGUUGGAAGGAAAGUCAAAACAAUCGCAUUCUGUUCACUGUCCAUACUUUCCUGAAGACAAACAAGAAUAUUGGUGGAUAUAUUUGGCGGAUAAAAAACGAAAAGCUCUUAUAACUGUUCCAUAUUUAAUGACAAAUCUGGUCGAGAAAGAAGACGUCGAACUUAAGUUUACGGCGCCAUCAAAACCAGGACAAUACACCUAUUCUGUGAUCGUUCGAAGCGAUUCUUAUGUCGAUUUCGAUAUCUCUAAGAUUAUCAAACUUGACGUAAAGGAAGCGCCAAAACAAAUAGAAAGUCACCCGCAAUGGGACAUCUCUGAAGACGAGGAAGAGGUAAACAAAGACGAAGACAGUGCGGUUGAAGACUCAGAUUUGGUUAAUAGUACGGAUGAAAGUGAUGACGAUUUAGACGAUUAAAACUAAUUUUAUACAUUGAUUGUAAAAUUAAUUGUUUUUUAUAUACAGUAUAUAUAUAUUAAAAAAAUUGCUCGUAAAAAAUUUAUG